GAUUUCGUUAGAUUGCAGCAGCUCAUAGUACACUAUUGACUACACCCUGCUGAUUUUCGGAUUUAGUGUUGAUGGUUGGCCGGGCUUAACCCACGAUUUCCAACGCGUAGGAUUAACACAGUGAAUCAACUUCUCAUCGCCAGUGACAAUCGCUAGUUUUUUAGCAUAUAGAAUUCGUAGAACGCUUAGUGCUUUCUAUUAAAAAAAUAUUUUUACCCAAGAUUUCCGUGUAAAGUGAGUGCAUUUGUUGAGGAUUAUUAGAAAAUAUCUUAUUCUUUCUGACAUUCGAUCCUGAAAUUCAUUAAAGGACACAUGGCAGGGGCAGGGCCGUGCUCGUGCUCCUAUAUGCAGAGAAUGGAGAGCUGGAACUGCAGUGGAAAAACAAUUAAUAUAUUUAUAGAACAUGUAAAUUCAGGUCCACAAGAUUUAUUGCAUACGAAUCAUGUGACACAUGCCGCUGCCGUUUGCAAUGGGCUUCCAAGUGAACCAUCAACGUUACUUUCUGACGGGCAUUCGUAUGAACCUUGCUCCAAAUCUUGCCUUUUUAAAUGCAACUCGAGGUCCCACACAACCAACAAUAGAAACUACUCCUGCUUCUACAUCGCCAUCCCCGGCAUUGCGAAUUUGCAAUAGCGAUAGCGAUUAGACAUCAGCUAAAACUAAAUCAUCGUUUUAUGUACAACAUUCAGUUUUUUCCUCAUGUUUGUCCCCCAAUGCAAUAGGUUUUGUAAAACUUGUAAAUUGGAUUAAGUUCAGCUAUAAAUAUGUGAAACCCGGUGUCACAAUAAUGAUAGCAGCAGAAAAUGGACCCAAAUUUUAUACUGUACACUAUUGCAUUAUGCAAGAUAAUUACGGAGCGGUUUUUAUCUCAGAGAAACUACAAAAUGUUUACUACGAUGAUCACUUUCAAGCGUAUGAAGUAGCUCAUGAAACUGACAAGAAACGGAAGUGUUUGACCUGAAAUGAAUUGAUUAAAGGUAUAAUUACGCAUAUUGGACGCGCAUGUAACGGAGUA